GGUGGCGCCGGGCGCAUGCGCGGGGUGAUUGAUUGACGGGCGGGUGAGCGGGUGAAGGACCGGCCCGUCCUGCCGCCAUCAUGGCCCAGCGCCUCCGCAGCCUCACCGAGAAGGCCCCGGCCCUCAUCAACGCUGCCGUGACUUACUCGAAGCCGCGUCUGGCCACGUUCUGGCACUACGCCAAGGUCGAGCUGGUUCCCCCAACCCCCGCCGAGAUCCCCAAAGCCAUCCAAGGCCUGAAGCACCUCGUCUCCAGCGCUCGCUCCGGCCGCCUCUCCCAGCUCACAGUCAAGGAAGCCGUGCUGAAUGGCUUGGUGGCCACUGAAGUCUUGAUGUGGUUUUAUGUCGGCGAGAUCAUAGGCAAACGGGGCAUUGUCGGAUACGAUGUCUGAAGACCUCUGCUUAGCUCUUGACUUCCUCCUUUAUUGCUUUGUACGUAUACCCGGUCGGUCAAGCCUUAAUCCCAAUAAAGCGAGGCUGACGUGA